GGGGGGGGUGGGGCGCUGAGGAUGGCGGUGCAGGCGGGGCGGCGCGUGGUGUUCGUGACGGGCAACGCCAAGAAGCUGGAGGAGGUCACUCAGAUCCUGGGGGACUCUUCUCCCUACACGCUGGUGGCGAAGAAAAUUGACCUGCCCGAGUACCAGGGGGAGCCGGACGACAUCUCCGUGCAGAAGUGCCGUGAAGCCGCCCGGCAGGUUCAGGGACCUGUUAUAGUAGAGGAUACCUGCUUGUGCUUCAAUGCCCUGGGGGGGCUGCCAGGACCCUACAUUAAAUGGUUCCUGGAAAAACUCAAACCAGAAGGCCUGUACAAGCUGCUGGCUGGGUUUGAAGACAAAUCUGCCUACGCUCUCUGUACCUUUGCCUUCAGUACUGGAAACCCUGAGGAGCCAGUGAAGCUGUUCAAAGGCCAGACUCACGGGCUGAUAGUGGAGCCCAGAGGCCCUCGAGAUUUUGGCUGGGACCCCUGCUUUCAGCCGGAUGGCUACAACCAGACUUACGCCGAGCUGCCCAAGGCAGUGAAGAACUCCAUCUCGCACCGUUACAGAGCGCUGAGCGAGCUCUCCGCCUUCUUUCUCCAGAGCAACGCGGCACCGCCCGGGCCCAGCGAACCCCCCACGCCGCACGCCGCCCCGGGAGAGCUCAGCCCCGCCGCGGGCUGCCAUUAAACCUGCUCUUUUUGAAACCA